AUGUCGUCGAACUCCUCUCAGAAGAUUUCCCAAGCCCUUGAAGAGGCUAAAGCUCGCUACAUUGUGCGAAAUGCCAAAUCCAAGAUCCUUCACGAGGAAGCCACCAAGUCUUUUCCCGGCGGCAAUACUAGGACAGUGCUUCAUACAAGCCCCUUCCCCAUCUCUAUGAAGUCUGGCAAAGGUUAUCAGCUUACAUCUGAGGAUGGACAUGUCUAUACAGAUCUCACGGCCGAAUUUACGGCAGCUCUAUAUGGCCACUCUAAUCCUGUGAUCCUCGACGCCGUGAGCAAUGUUCUCAACAACGUGGGCAUGAAUGUUGGGGCAACUACGCCUCAAGAGCAGUUAUUUGCUCGAGAACUAUGCCAGCGCUUCGACCUCGAACGAGUGCGGUUCACAAACUCCGGAACCGAAGCCAACCUCCAUGCUCUAGCCGCCGCAAGACUGGUCACAAAGAAGAGAAAAGUUGUUGUAUUCAACAAGGGCUACCAUGGAGGUGUGUUGAUCUUUUGGGGAGGAAAGCCGGCCCCCAAUAAUGUUGAUCCUGAUGACUGGAUCAUCGUCAAGUAUAACGAUCUUGAUGCCGCCGUUAAGGCAAUUCAGAGUGAGGGGGUAGCCGCCGUGCUGAUGGAAGGUAUGCAAGGCAACGGAAGUGGUCUCAGUGCAAUACCAGAGUUUUUGACUGGCAUCCAGGAUGCCGCUGCCAAGGCCGGUGUUCUUUUCAUCCUUGAUGAGGUAAUGACCUCUAGGAUAUCAGCCUCUGGACUUGCAGGCCUGCGAGGAAUCAAGCCAGAUCUCAAAACAUUCGGCAAAUAUCUCGGGGGUGGCCUCGCUUUUGGUGGGUUUGGAGGAAGAGCCGACAUCAUGGGAGCAUUUGACCCAAGGCAGACCCUUUCAAUUCCUCAUUCGGGCACCUUCAAUAACAACACCCUCGUGACACACGCUGGAUACGCAGGGUUGACAAAGGUAUAUACUCCUGAUGUCGCGGACAAGUUUUUCAAGACUGGUGAGUCGUUCAUAUCCAAGCUUCAAGAGACAGUCAAGGGAACGCGGCUGGGCUUCUCGGGAAUCGGAUCCAUCCUAUGUUCUCGAUUCAUCGAUGGAGAUGUUGAGGUGAAGGAUAUCAAAAGCGCAGAUGAUUUUACAGAGAAUGAGGCGUUGAAGGAAUUGUUCUGGUUUGAGAUGCUUGAGCAAGGAUUCUGGAUCACACGUAGAGGUCUCAUUGCGCUGGUACUGGAGACGCCACAGUCUGAGCUUGAUAGUCGCGCCUACAGUCUAACAAUCUAUCCAUCAAUUCCCUUCAGUUCACCCUCGACAUCCCGAAUCCUCCAAACUUCUCUUCAUACAGCACACCCAGAAUCCCCCCAAAUGGAUUUCCAAAAUCGCGCGGGCUCCAAAUUCGGCGGCGGCGGCGUCGCCUCCCACUCCGCCACAAACGCCGACCGCCGCGAGCGUUUGCGCAAGCUCGCCCUCGAGACAAUCGACCUCGACAAGGACCCUUACUUCUUCAAGAACCACGUCGGCUCCUUUGAAUGCCGCCUCUGUCUCACAGUCCACCAGAACGACGGUUCCUACCUCGCCCACACACAAGGCAAAAAGCACCAGACCAACCUCGCCCGUCGCGCCGCCCGCGAGCAGAAGGAGGGCAAACAGAGCAUCGAUCCCGCGACAGGUUUACCAACCAGCGUCGCCGCGAGCCUCACUGCUAGGCGCAAUGUCGUCAAGAUUGGCCGCCCAGGCUACAAAAUCACAAAGAUCCGCGACCCAGUCACACGCCAGCAGGGUCUCCUCUUCCAGCUACAAUAUCCCGACGCCACGCCCGACUUGGCGCCCAAGUGGCAGGUCAUGAACGCAUUCACACAGCGCGCCGAAGAGCCAGACAGGAAUUUUCAGUAUCUGGUCGUCGCUGCAGAACCGUACGAGAGUGUGGGAUUCAAGAUUCCGGCCAGAGAGCUGGACAAGCGGGAGGACAAGCAGUUUGCCUUCUGGGAUCCCGAUUCGAAAGAGUACUGGAUUCAGGUCAUGUUCAUGACGGAGCGUGAAGAGCGGUUCAAUGCUGCUCCCGGUUUAACAGGCAGGAGAUGA